CACUGUUGAGUUACCCUCUAACGUUGUGAUUGCGCGGGCGCAGAAAGCAGAGGUGUAAGAAGACAGGCGUGGUCACGCUUCAUUUGUUUUUCAAAAUGGCGGGCUUAAUUGAUAGUAUAGUCGAUAAAUAUAAUUAUGUGAUCCAUGAUUUGGCUGAUCCCAGAACGGCGGACUGGUGGGGUGUAUCAAACCCUUUCGUAGUGCUAUCAAUUACAUCUUCAUACUUAUUCUUCUGCAAAUACCUUGGGCCGAAGCUUAUGGAAAACAGGCCACCUUUCGUCUUGAAGACUCCUCUGCUGCUGUAUAAUAUCUUCCAAGUCCUGUUUAGCAUAUUUUUGGUAUAUGAGGGUAGCGUCAUUAUAUUAGAUGGGAAAUAUAGCGUAUCGUGUGAAGAGAUUGAUUACACUGUCAAUCCCAGAUCGAUGAGGUUGGCUGGUGCAACAUGGUACUACUUCUUCGCGAAAAUCACAGAACUCAUGGACACAAUAUUCUUCGUACUAAGGAAGAAAUACAACCAAGUGACAUUCCUUCAUGUCUACCAUCACACCAUAAUGUCUUUGGUCGUGUGGAUGGGAGUCAAAUAUUUCCCAGGUGGUCACACAACUAUGAUGGGUUACCUGAACUCCAUAGUCCAUGUGAUCAUGUACUCAUACUACCUGAUCUCAAGUCUUGGACCUGAGUACCAGAAGUAUGUUUGGUGGAAGAAACACGUCACUAUGAUACAGUUGAUCCAAUUCUCCAUCAUCUUCGUUCACAACGCUGCCGUCUUCUUCUACGAAUGCAACUUCCCUAAAGUCCUCAACAUUCUUUGCAUCACAAACUCCGUGGCUUUCAUGUACAUGUUCGGUAACUUCUACAUCCAAAGCUACAACAAGAACAAAAGGGACAAAAAGGAAUUAGAAGCCAAGAAAGUCACGCCCAUUUCGAGCAAAGUCAACCGAGAAAGUUCGAGAAGGAAAGUUGUUGAGAAAUCACGAUAACGACCGAUUCUUUUUGAUGACUGUUAAUAAAUAAUGCGCCCUACAAUCUAGUGUAAUGUGUUCCUAAGUUUUGUGAUAUCUUUUGUUUUUCAAUGAUAAUUAUAUAGACCCUGUUUGUGAAAAUGAAGUUAUCCGUGUGUAAUGAAAAACUUGUGGAUUGAAUAAAUGGAACUAUCACUGAA